GAAAAAUAAAGUAAAGUUUUUUCCUUCUCCUUUCUUCUUCUUCUUCUUCUUCUUCUUCUUCUUCACUUUCUCUGUGUAAUAAUCUAUGCAAUAAGAUGAUAACACUACCUUUACUCUUCUAAAGAGAUGAGGAUAACCAAGUUCUGAAUACUGGGUUUUUGUUAGUUUUGAUUCUCAACUACUAGAGAGAAGAAGAUAUCAUGGGAGGAGUAACAUCAUCAAUGGCAGCAAAGUUAGCAUUCUUUCCACCAAACCCAGCAUCAUAUAAGCUAGUAACAGAUGAAAUAACUGGUAUCAUAACACUAAACACAUAUCCACAUAGAGAAAAUGUUGAGAUACUUAAAUUACCAACACGUAAAGGAAAUGAAAUUGUUGCUAUGUAUAUUAGACAUCCCAUGGCUACUUCUACUCUUCUAUAUUCUCAUGGAAAUGCUGCGGAUCUUGGUCAGAUGUAUGAGCUUUUCAUUGAAUUGAGUAUCCACUUAAAGGUUAAUCUCAUGGGGUACGAUUAUGCAGGAUAUGGACAGUCAUCUGGGAAGCCAAGUGAGCAUAACACGUACGCAGAUGUAGAAGCUGUAUAUAAGUGCUUAGAAGAAAGCUAUGGCGCAAAACAGGAAAAUAUCAUUCUUUACGGUCAAUCGGUUGGAAGUGGUCCCACGCUGGAUCUAGCAGCUCGUUUGCCUCGAUUAAGAGCCGCUGUUCUCCACAGUCCUAUACUAUCAGGCUUAAGAGUCAUGUAUCCUGUAAAGCGGACAUACUGGUUUGACAUCUACAAGAACAUUGACAAAAUCCCAUUAGUUAGCUGUCCUGUGCUGAUCAUUCAUGGAACAGCUGAUGAAGUUGUUGACUGUUCACAUGGGAAGCAACUUUGGGAGUUGUGUAAAGAGAAGUAUGAACCUCUAUGGCUUAAAGGAGGAAAUCACUGUAAUUUGGAGCUCUAUCCUGAGUACAUUGCGCACCUCAAGAAGUUUGUUCAGAGUGUCGAGAAACCAGCUUCCCGUAGAAGCACUUGUAGACGGAGUGUUGACCGAUUAGAACAUACUAGGCGGAGCACUGACUGUUUUGAGGCAUCAAGGAAGAGCACUGAUCGAAGAGAGAGUAACAUAAGAGAGAGCACUGACAAGCCUGAGAAACUGAAAGGUCUCGACUUCAAGCCUAAUAUAUACCAAUUAGAAAAGCUGAGAAUGCCUUUUGAUCAAAUGGAGAGGUCUAGAAGAAGUGUAGAUUGUCUUGAAAAAUCUCGAAAAAGUAUAGACCACCAGGUUGAGAGAGCGCGGAAGAGCGUCGACCGAUUGGAUAGAGUAUGGGCCGGGUAAAAUUCUUCUCACUUAAUGUAUAAUGAUUCAAAUUUUCGGUUUGUGAAAAAUGAAAUAAAAAGUUAUUUUAGCAUUUUAAUUUAUGGUUCUGGUCUGUGGAGUUUGGUUGUGGAAGUUCCGUUAAUAACUCUGUUGCACGGAAUGAAAAAGGGUUUGCUAUCC